UCAAUCUCGAUUCACCAUUUCAUAUCUCUCCGCUUAUUGUUUCUGUCAGAAAUUGGCCUAGAAAUUUUGGUUUUCUGUCGCCUUCUUGAUCUGAAAGCAAGGGUUUGUUCUAAUGGAGACUCCAUCAUCAACCAGAAGAGUAACCAGAUCGCAGACCAAGGCUGCCGCCGCCGCUUCUGCCACCACCAUCAACACCAUCCCCAUUUCAAAGAGAUUUGAAGAAUCUGAGAAGAAGGGGAAUGGGAAGCAGAAAGAAAGGUCGGCCCUGUUUGACAUCACCAACGAUUCACCCAUCAUAGGGCUGGCAAUGGUGACACCAUCAUCAGGCGUGUCCAAGAAGAGGGUGAUCAUUGGGCAGAUAACUCCUGGGUCAGGGGAGGCACUGUUGAGGGGGCAAGUCAAGAACUUGUUGCAGAAGGUUGAAGAAGAGGCUGAUGAUUUCUGUAAAGUCUCAUUGGACCACAACAGGCCUCUCAUUCAUCUUCAAGGCUUUGUUAACUCUCCCUUGUGCCUUCUUGCCCCAACUCCUGCAAACACCCCUCAUCUCAACCCCUCUGAAAAUGGCCUCCCUUCUGUAACCCCUUCCCCAGUUGAAGAAACAAUCAUCAUCUCUCAGAUGAUUAUUGGGAAGAAAGAAUCUGAAACUGAGGAGAGUAAUGUGACAAGGUCACUCCUGCUGGAUUUUUCUGAGAAAUCAACAGAUGAUGUUUCAUCGGAUUGUUCUUCAAUGCUGACAUACGAGGGGGACAUUAGAGGAAGUAAAAAUGCAGGUGAGGAUGAUGUUUCAUCCGUUUGGUCGAUUCAGGCGAAUGCAAGUACUGUAGAUGAUGAUGAGGAUGAGGAGGAUGAAUGUGUUGAAGAAGUUGAUGAGGAAUGUGAUGAUGAAGAGGUGGGAGGAGAAGAUGAUGAUGAUGAUGAUGGACUGGUUGAAGAGCUUUGCAGAGGAAUCAGUAAGAUUGGCAUUAAUGCUAAAUUUGCAGGGAAGCAUACACGAUUCGUGUACAACAGCGACGGUGAGCUUGAAGGCGAGGAGGAGGAGGAUGAGAGUGCUGACGGUGAUGGAGCGGUGGCCGCCCCCUCACCGCUGCGGUUGAAGGGCUUGCCGACGCCAAAAGGAAAGCACCUCCGUUUCCCUGAGGAAGAAAACUGAAAUCAAACUCCCUUAUUAAGAACCUAUUUUUUGUUGUUUGUUUGUUUGAUUGUUGUCUGUGACUCCUCUCCCCUCUCUAUGGGGUGUCUGCUUUUAGUUACUUUUAGUUACUGCAUACCAUCCUUUUGGUAUAAAUGUUAUAUUCUCAAUUAAAAGAACCAUUAUAAUCAA